AGGCUGGAACAAGGGUCUGAGGAAACAAGAAGACCAGAUACCUGUACAUUUAUUUGCUUUAAAUUGGACAAUGAGAUUUAUAUCGAGUCAUUGGAUGUCCGUUGUACUUAUUUCACGGUUGACUUGCUACUGUCUUCAUGUGACGGUAAAGGAUGAUAAGAAGUUUGCCAUGCUGUUUUCCUCUGUGGUGCUGCAGUGCCAGUACAACACCCACUCCAUCAAUCCCCCUGUGGUGCAGUGGUGGUAUAAGUCUUACUGUACAGACCGAACCAGAGAGUCAUUUACCUUCUCUGAGACUCUGGGAGCCUAUAGCUCGAAGCCGGGGGCCAAUAGCCACUUGGAAUGCUCCGAUAAAAGUCGUACUGUCCAAAUCGUGGCCUCCAAGCAAGGAGAAUCCUUGAAGCUGGCUAAACAAUAUAAAGGCAGAGAUAUCUCCAUUAUCAACAAAGCGGACCUGCGUAUUGGAGAGCUACAGUGGGGUGAUAGUGGUGUGUACUUAUGUAAAGUGGCCAGUGGUCAUGAUGUGGAGGGCAGGCAUGAAGGCCAGGUGGAGCUGCUGGUGCUGGGUAAGACAGGUGUACCGAAUGAUGUUCUGCCUGAGUUUGAGCUGGAGAUUAUGCCAGAGUGGGUGUUUGUGGGAUCUGUAGUCUUGGGUAGCAUUCUGCUUCUGGUGGUGCUUGGAGUAUGCUGGUGUCAGUGCUGCCCCCACUCAUGCUGCUGUUAUGUACGUUGCUGCUGCUGCCCUGAUGCAUGCUGUUGUCCAAAGCACUUGUAUGAAGCAGGUAAAAUAGCUAAGGCUGGACAACCUCCUCAGAUUGCCAUAUAUCCACCAUACUAUGGUGUUCCCAUGGUUCCUCAAGCAGCACCUUCUCUGAUUGAACUGAAAGUGCUUGCAGUCCCCCCGUCUUUGGAGAACAAUACAGCUAGAGCUGGCAGUGUAUCAGAGUUAAGCUCCUUGCAUGAUGGUGAUGUGGACUUCAGGCACACCUAUAGGCAAGUGCAAAAGAAAGCUCUGCCACCAAUUAGUGAUCGCAGCAAUGAGCCACAGAUCCACACAGCUUCCACAGCUCAGAGACUCCGGCCCACACACUAUCAAAGCAGUCGCAGUGAAGAACAGCAUGAUAGCCGGUGGAGCUGCCGCUCAGAGCACCUGCCCAGGAAGGCCUUUGGCACACGGGGUCGCACAGGGUCUCUAGAUGAACUGGAGGAAUUUGCAAGGAACUACGGGCACCGAGUUGGACGGAGGGGUGACUUUCAUGAUCUCCGUGACCCCGAGCAAGAUUUUGACAUAGAACUGAGGUGUCCAAAUCAGCACAGGCCACGUGGUUUCCAGGAUGAUGAUGAUGACGAUGAUACCAACUGGCGGCGCCAUAGCCCCCAUUUGUCCCCACCAAGGAGACAUUACACCAACAGCGAACAGUAUGCUACUCGUAGAAAGUCAUACAAUGACGCCUACUUGACGUCCGUGCUGGAACGUAAGACAAGGGGGCAGGGAGAAUGUGGUGGGCGAGUUGAUGAGGACAGUGACACGCCAUCAAAGAGCUCCAAGAAGAGCAGUGACUGUUACUACAGCAGAUCAAGCAACCGACCGGAGGAGGAUGAAUCCUUGCCCCCAUACUGUGAGGUAGAUCGCUGCCGGACUGAGGAACCUGUGGAACAAGAGCGCUGUCGGACCAUGGAGCCAGCCAUAAGGCCAUUCUCUUACACUCGCCCUAAUCAAAGCACGUCCCACACUCUGCAGGAGCUCAGGGAGGAAAGGAACAGACCCAGAAAACUGACCACUCAUCUAAGCAGAGACUCCCUCGUUGUCUGAAGCCCUUGAGUAUCCACAGUGCUGAUCACACUGGACUUGCAUCGUACUAUUGAAAUGCACAAGGCAGCAUGAAUACAUACCAUGUAAAUCAGAGAAAUAAUGACACUGGAGCUUGGAAUUAGUCGUGAAGAGACCUGUGUGCAUUGUGUUUGUGUGCAGAAAAAUGUAUAUGUUUUUCAUUCAUGAAUGCAUGCUUCUGUCAGUGCAUUUAAAGCCAUCAUGUUACUCAUAUUUUUUUGAACCUAUCAGGACUCAUACAGCUCUUACUAGGAAAACAAAUGGGUAGUGAAUCGUCUCUCAACUACACAAAACCCUGUAGACUGAAAAGACCUCAUAAAACCUUGUUUUCAUUUAUUUUAAAAGUCUUGAUGUUAAGUACUGUAUUUUUGUACCUUUUUGAUUAUUAUUAUUAUUAUUAUUAUUAUUAUUGAUGUUUUAUAUGUUUGCACUAGAGAUUAAGUUUGCAUUUCAGUUCUUCUGCAUGGGAAGUAUGGACUGAGUUUUGAUA